GGAGUUGAAGCUUCUGGUAACCAGUGGUGGAAAGGGAAAGGAGGAUUUCGCUGUCUCGCCGUGGCGCCAACUACCACCGCCUCCGCCGUCGUUGGCCAGCCGGACCGCCAUUAACAAUUGAAACAGCGGAAGCGAGAAAUUCAAAUUCCAAAGUUGAAACGAAACAGAAGCGAAACAGUGCAAGGUUCGUUCGCUUUCGAAGCUGAUUAUUCGAAUCGAAAUUGGGGAUUUUGGUUGCUGUGGGAAACUGGAGAAAUGGCUGUGAGACAAAGAGCAGUGACCGCUUUACCAAAGCUGAUAGAAAGUCUGCGAAAGGAAUGCCCUAGGUCUUCACCGCUAAUCUCAACGCCUAAUCAAGCUAUGGUGCUGCCGUCUCUCAGGCGGGCAUUCUCUCUUUAUGAUCAGAUCAAUCUCAUUGAUAAUGUCCCAGAAGACCAACUGCGGUUCCAGCGUUAUACGGAUACUGGUUUCACGGUGAAUGGGGUUCAUUAUGAAGGGAGCUUACUUUGCAUUGGCAACUUGCUUAUGUCAUGGACCCCCAAAUCAUUCUCCCAAAUCACUCCAGAGAGUUUAUCCAUCUUCAAGAUUCUACGUCCUGUACCAGAGAUUUUGAUUCUUGGAUGUGGAAAAUACAUUCAGCCUGUAGAUCCUGACCUCAGGCGCUUUGUCCGGUCCACAGGCAUGAAGCUAGAAGCAGUUGAUUCGAGGAAUGCCUCUUCUACAUACAACAUACUGAACGAGGAAGGAAGAAUGGUGGCCCUUGCACUUCUCCCAUACGGAGUUUCUUCGUGAGGCCUUGGCAGCCCCAGUCCUCGUAUUGGAGUGGCCUCCCUUUGUUACGGUUUCCUUGACCGCUUAAGCAAAGGUCAAGUUUUCAAUUCGUAAGCAUGUACAUUGGGCGAAUUCGGGACACUUGCUGUGAGUGAGUAAGGACGAAUGGUGUCUGUUAUGAUGACCAACAAUAGAUGUGAGAUUUGACUGUAGAAGGUUUCUGGCUCACUCUUUGUAAGAAUUCUAAUAAACUAACAGGGGAAUGUUCUUGAAGCCAUGAAUUUGCUUGCACUGGUGUAUCAAAUAUUUAACGUUCUUGUUUGUUUAGUCAUGUUAAAGAAUAGUAAUGGGA